AUGGUUUCAGCUGAGGAGAAAGAAAUGGCGGAUAUUCCACACAAAAACAAGCCUGCAGCCCUCAUCACAGCAGUGACCUUCCAAGCUGGUGUGAAUCCUCCAGGGGGUGUUUGGCAAGACAGUGAUAAUGGUCAUACUGCUGGAAGAGCCAUUUAUGCUUCCCAAAAGGAAUCCUUUUAUGUGUUCUUGAUAUUCAACACUCUGGCUCUUUCUUCAUCAAUCUUGGUCAUAGUUUCCCUGACUUACAGAUUCCCUUUUCAUUUCGAGCUUUGGGUUUCCACAGUUUCCAUGGUCAUAACAUAUGGCUCUGCAAUAUUUGCCAUAACUCCUAAUGAAUCUAUCAAGUUUCGUCAUAUUUUGAUUGCUGCUGCGGGGCCUUUCUCCGUGAGAUUCAUUGUGGAGGUGUUCAAAUGGUGCAAAGGUCAAAUUUCCAAUUCCAAUGUAGAGCCCCAGUUGCCUAGUAAUGUGGAGGAAAAGAGAGAAGUGGCAAAUUCAUCACCAUCCAAAAAGCGUGAAUGGUUUUGGUUCAGAAGCUUCCAAUAUGAUAAAAACAGAGACACUCCAAGCGAUGCUCGGAACGGUUUGCUAAUAGUUGUGGCACUUAUCACAGCAGUGACAUUCCAAGCGCGUGUGAAUCCUCCAGGGGGUGUUUGGCAAGACAAUGAGAAUGGACACAUGGCAGGGAGAGCAAUCUAUGCAUCGCACAAACAGUCCUUCUAUGUGUUUUUGAUAUCAAACACUUUGGCUCUCUCCUCUGCAAUCUUGGUCAUCAUCUCUUUGACUUACAGGUUUCCUUUUCAUUUCGAGAAUUGGGUUGCUACUAUUUCUAUGAUCAUAACUUAUGGAUCUGCAAUAUUUGCCAUUACCCCAAAUGAAUCUGUCAAGUUUCUAUACAUUUUGUCUGCUGCUGGUGUGCCUUUUCUCAUAAGACUCGUGGUCGAGGUGUUCACAAGGUUCAAAUGUAAACCGUCCAACAAUUCCAGCAUAAAUUAAAGCCUAUUUACACCAGUAUCGAAGGUGCUUAUGAAGAUUAUGUAAUUUGUGUGUGUAUGUAUAUGCAUGUAUCUUUGAAUGUAUGAUAC